GUAAACACACCCUGCAGGCGUCAGGACUCCGCUCUGUGUGUCUCCUCUGCAGUCUGCCGGAUGCUCUCCUCUGUGAUGUCACAGUCUGGAUAAGCCCCGCCUCCUCACAAGCGUCUCCACACUCUGACUGACGGAUUGACUGUGUGUGUUUGUCUUUAGACCCAGAGAGACAUGAUCUUUGAGCUGCGCAGGAUUGCGUUCGAUGGAGACGGAGCAGAACCCAGCGGAACCGAGAAGAGGAAAGCGGCGGCGCACACCAAAGACUACAAGAUGCUGGGAUUCAGCAAUGCAGUGAAUCCUGCGCUGGACUUCACUCAGACGCCACCGGGGAUGCUGGCGCUGGACAACAUGCUGUACCUGGCCAAACUACACCAGGACACAUACAUCAGGAUUGUUCUGGAAAACAGCAGUCGUGAGGAUAAACACGAGUGUCCGUUCGCGCGCUGUGCCAUCGAGCUGACGCGGGUGCUGUGUGAUAUUCUACAGGUCGGAGAGCUGCCGAAUGAAGGCUGUAAUGACUUCCACCCCAUGUUCUUUACACACGAGCGCGCCUGGGAAGAGUUCUUCUGCGUCUGCAUACAGCUGCUCAACAAGACAUGGAAGGAGAUGAGGGCCACUGCUGAAGACUUCAACAAGGUGAUGACGGUGGUGCGUGAGCAGAUCACCCGGGCUCUAGCCCUGAAGCCUGCGUCUCUGGAUCAGCUGCGGCUGAAGCUGCGCUCUCUGAGUUACUCUGAGAUUCUGCGACUGCGUCAGUCCGAGAGGAUGAGCCAAGAUGACUUCCAGUCACCGCCUAUCAUUGAGCUCCGGGAGCGGAUCCAGCCAGAGAUCCUGGAGCUCAUCAAGCAGCAGAGGCUCAGCCGGCUCUGUGAGGGAAGCUGCUUCCGCAAACUGGGGAACCGACGCCGGCAGGAGAAGUUCUGGUUCUGCCGUCUCUCACUGAACCACAAGCUACUCCACUAUGGGGAUCUGGAGGAGUCUCCACAGGGCGAGGUGCCGCUGGAGCUGCUGACUGACAAGAUCGCCGUGUCUGACAUUAAAGCCGUGCUGACGGGGAAAGACUGUCCGCAUAUGAAGGAGAAGAGCGCGCUCAAGCAGAACAAGGAAGUGCUGGAGCUGGCGUUCUCCAUCCUCUACGAUCCUGACGAGUCCCUCAACUUCGUGGCACCAAACAAAUAUGAGUACUGUAUCUGGACAGACGGCCUGUCGGCUCUGCUAGGGAAGGAUCUGUCCAGUGACCUCACACGAAGUGACCUUGACACACUAAUGAGUAUGGAGAUGAAGCUCCGCCUCCUGGACCUGGAGAACAUCACCAUCCCAGAGGCUCCGCCCCCUGUGCCCAAAGAGCCCAGCAGCUACAACUUCAACUACAACUACGGCUGAGCGGCGGUGUGGAGUGUGUGUAUUAUAGAGACGACACACACACUUUACUGAACACACACUGUACGAGUUCUCCAUCCCUCCAUGUCAGAAACACACUCCUGUGCUCGGUCCAGCAUCUGCGUCCAUGUGCUGAUCUGUGUGUGUGUGUGUGUGUGUGUGUGUGUGUGUGUGUCGAACGCUUCAACUAAACAGAAGGGUUAGUUCCUUUCUACACACAGAUGACUAAUAUUUCCUGACGUUUGAUUUGUCAAUAGAAAUCUAUUUUUGUACUUGAUGUGAAAGACCAGAAGCUGCAUGAAGCGGAGGAGAACUCAGAUCAACACACACUCUCUCUGGAGAACUCAGAUCAACACACACUCUCUCUGGAGAACUCAGAUCAACACACACUCUCUCUGGAGAACUCAGAUCAACACACACUCUCUCUGGAGAACUCAGAUCAACACACACUCUCUCUGGAGAACUCAGAUCAACACACACUCUCUCUGGAGAACUCAGAUCAACACACACUCUCUCUGGAGAACUCAGAUCAACACACACUCUCUCUGGAGAACUCAGAUCAACACACACUCUCUCUGGAGAACUCAGAUCAACACACACUCUCUCUGGAGAACUCAGAUCAACACACACUCUCUCUGGAGAACUCAGAUCAACACACACUCUCUCUGGAGAACUCAGAUCAACACACACUCUCUCUGGAGAACUCAGCGUCACUACAGCCACAGCGCUCCUUUAGUUUGCUCCUUUAUUUCUUCAGAUUGCUGUGGCGGAUUUAUAUUUGCUUGUCAUAACGUACGAUUAUUCUGUGUGAGAGCAGAUCUCUGGAUAUUUGCUUUAUUAUAAGCUGGUCGUUUUAGUGGGCAGAUAUGUCAAUAUUUGGUUUGAAAUACUGUACACUGUUUAAAUAAAUAAAUAUGUAUAUGCAUAGUGUUGAUCAUGAAUGAGUUGACCCCUCACACAUCUCUCUUAUAAAUUAAUAUUUCCCACAGGACUCUUUACAGUGCUAUAUUUGUGCUUAUACAUUACAUUAGUCAGAGUUUUGUCAGAUGAAUUUAAAUCUAUAAUUUUCUAUUAUUGUUAUUUAAAUGCACCUAAAUAUAUUGUCUAUCUUCAUUGAGAAAUGGAUAAAAGUAUUCAUUUUAAAUGGGGUGUACUCAUUUAUGCUGAACACUGAAUAUAUAUACAUGUUAUAAAUAUAUAUAGUGCCUUCAGAAAGUAUUGAUUCCCCUUUAUUUCUCAUUGUGAGAGGCUGAACGAGGAGCGGAGUUUCUGUUGGUUUGUGAAGGGUUAAACCUCAGAAAGCUGAAGAUGGAGGUGUAAAACAGACGGAUAUGAAUACUUCCUCAAGGCCACUGUAUAUCAGUUGUAUAUAUUGUGCUGCCUUAUCACAGUAAACGCAGUGGAUUAGUGUGCAAUAAUAAAGGUGUUAAAGUCAUAGCUUGAUAUUUACAUUAGAUUCUUCAUCUGUUUGAUCAUUUGAGCUGUGCUGCACAUCCUCAAUAAACUCAGUUAACAACAAA